UGUUUUUACGGUUACGAACACUGUGUUUUACGGUUGCGAACAACAAUUCUACGGUUGCGGACAACAUUUUUUUACGAUCACGGGUUGAUCGGGGCACGGGAAGGACUGGUCGCUAAAUAACUAUUCUUAGUUAUUGUAACCGUUAUUCUUUGUUAUUGCAAUCGUUAUUCUUUGUUAUUGCAACCGUAAUACAUUACUUAUUGUAACCGUUAUUCUUUGUUAGCAUGCAACCGUUAUUCUUUGUUAUUGCAACCAUAAUGCAUUAGUUAUUGUAAUCGUAUAUAGAUUCAUUUUUUUACCGAUUAACGUUGUCAUAAACCGCAACCGUAAAAAACACAUAGACGCUUCCCGCACCGUAAAAUCUCGACCUCUGUGAAUUUAAAAACGAAACCACCCCCUCUUUCCUCGUAUUUCAUUCCAGUUUCCAUUCCACGUCUCUCUCCUACCCAACUCUCUCUCAUACCCUAUGCUCAGAUCUAGAUCUAGAUCGGCGGCGGCGGUGGGUGACGAUGGAUGCCGACGGCAGGGACUACUGCCGUGCCUCCGCUCGCAGGUGGUGUCGUUGACCGAGAAGCUGCAAGAGAAGGAGGCGGCAGAGGGCGGCGAUGGCGCGGCCGUUAACGCCACAGAGUUGCUGGCGGACGCGAAGGCCUCUCUGGCCGCCGACGCCGAUGAACAGCCGGCGGCGGACGCGGCGUUAGAGGCGCAGCAGGUGAAGUCCGAGGACAGGCUGAGCACGGGCAGCAGCGGGAGCGCGGUGGUUGAUGCGGACGCGCUGCUCCGCGCCGGUGGCUGUCUCGCUGCCGCCGUCGACAGCAGCGUGGAGUCGUACUUCCCCGGCAGCGACGACCAGUUCCACGACUACGCGAUGAGUCCCUUGGACCACGGCGCGAGGGAAUUCCAGUCGGGGGAGGACGACGGCGCUUGCAACGACGAGGGCUGCAGCUACUACGCCGACGACCCCGCCGCCGCUGCCGCCCUCUUCGCCAGCCAGGCCCACCACCACGUGGACGACGACAACGGCCAGAUCAGCUGGUGGAUGUGGAACUAGGCAUCCUGUCCUGCACCGCGCGCCAAAUCUUGUGUUGAAAAUCAUGCCUUUUCUUUCUGCAACGUUGCUGUAAUGGUGAAUCACUAGCUAUGAUCAUGAAGAAAGUGUAUGCAUGCAUAUUAGGGGUAAAAUUGGGUAAUUAAUAUCGUUAAUCCCAAUCAGUCUGGUGUAUGAGAAGAGAUCAAGAAGUUAGCGGCCUGGGGGAGAAAUAACGUGUGAUACAGGUGCUAAAACCUAAUUUACGGUUACGAAGACCAAGCAUUUUCCUUUUUACGGUUGAAGGAAUGCUAUUUUUACGGUUUGCAAUAUGUGAAAUUUACUAUAGUGGAAUGGAGGCA